CAAUAUGUCGAAGCUCUCCCUGGUACCGUAUAGCGAUUCAGAUGAAUCUUUCGUUGAUUUAAAUGGUUUGGAAAGUUUAAAAGAAGUCGAGGAGGAAACGUGUGUUGGGAAAAGGGGCUACAGAAAGCAAAAGAGAAUACCUAAAAGGCUGCAAAAAGUUAAGAAAAAAAUACGAGUGUUUUGCCCGCCCAACACGUGCUUAAAGAAAAAAUGUCCAAAUUCGUGUCAUGAUAAAAUUUCUGAAGAUGAAAGAGUAAGAAUAAAUGAACAUUUUUGGGGAAUCGGCAACAAUAUUAGACAGAAAGAUUGGCUGUCUUCUUGUGUUAAACAAGUCGAUUGGCAAAGUACAAAAUUAUAUCUACCUCAAGAAUUUCGAAACAAAAAACUGUAUAUCAGCAUUAUGUAG